AUGUUUAAGGCAGCCACACGUUUCUUUUCCAUAGGAAGAACCUUAGGGAGUAGUGCUGUUUCUCCGGCUGUUCAGCCAGUCAAGGUGUCGCCUGUCUUAGCAGCUAGACAGAUUAUACCAGAGAAUGCAUCUAAAUCAAAGAGAAAAUCUUCGAGAAGAAGAGAAAAGAGAUUAAAGUCACAAAUUAUAAGAGAUGUCAACAACUUGAAGCAAGUUGAAAUCAGAUCAUUCAAAUUUCAAGUUGAUCCAGUCUUAGGGUCACCAGAUUGUGCAUUUAUUAAACGUUUAAACACUGCUCUUAAUGAACCAACUCAUUUAGCCUAUGGUUUUGAAAGGGAAGAAUUUGAAAAAUUAUUAUAUGGUGCACAAAAGGCAAGUCUUGAUCAAAACAUAGCAGGUGACGAAGUUGCCGAAUCAAUUUUUGCAAUUGAAGAAAAGAAAAGAAAAGCAUUAUUAACCAUUCUCCAUAUGAAAAAUACAAAUGCCAAAGAUAAAAAGAAGUUAGCAAUCAAAUUGGCCCGUGAAGAAUUUCAAAGAGAAGAAGGAGAUACUGCGUCUCCAGAAGUUCAAGCGGCUGUUUUAACUGCAAGAAUACAUUCUGGAUGGGAUCAUGUUAAAAAUUCUUUUAAAGAUAAAGUUCACAGUCAAUACAUAAGACAACUUGUUCAUAAAAGACAAAGGAUUUUAAAAUAUUUGAAAAAAGAUAAUCCAGAACAAUAUUUUUAUGCAAUUGCUAAAUUAGGUUUAACUGAUGAUGUAAUUACUAAUGAAUUUAAUAUGGGAAGACAAUAUUUCCAAGAUUUCAAAGUCUUUGGUGAUAAACAAUUGGUCAAACCUUCUAAUAAAGAAAAGGCUAAAGCUGCUAAAGUUGAAGAUUUGAAGAAGAGAGUUCAAGAUUAUAAUAGAUUGGCUAAAGAAAACUAUGAAGCACUUUAUGGUAAACCAAAUCCAUCUGCUUAA